UCAGAAUUCCGCAUUCGCUGUGGCCUGGCGACGAUGAUCGCGCUCCUAGAACACAUCAACUUGGCCAUCGAGGCCUCGGGCGACCCGACGACGGCAACUGCCCGCUUCUACCUGGACGUUCUUGGGUGUGCGCGCGACCCGCGUUUGGAGUGGAUGGUCCAUGCUAACAUUGGUCUCGGCCAAUUCCAUCUUCUGCCGGGCCAGCCUGCGGACCAGCGCAUCAACGGCGAGAUCGCGCUCUUCUACACGAGCCUCAACGCGCUCAAGGAGCGACUCGUCGCCCGUGGCCAAGCCUUCUACGAGCACAUGAGCGAUGUCGUCGUGCCAGCCAUUGCGGUGUACGACUUUGCCAUGGCCGCGCGCCACUACCGCCACAUCGGCGUAUCAGAUCCCUCUGGCAACUCUAUCUUGUGCUUCGAGUCCCCGCACGACUAUGCGGCUGCGUCUGCAGCGCUGGGUGCGCACCCGGGCGACGCGGCCGUUGGCGAUGGGCUUGCCUACAUCAAAUUUCUCGUGCGCCCUGGCGCGGCCCGUGGCCUAGGCGCGUUCUACCAGCAGCUUCUCGGUGCGGCCACCGUGGUCCAGCCGCUUGACAAGGCUGCUGCGAGCGAUCUCCACCUGUGCAGCGUCGACUGCGGCCCGCUGCAGCGUCUGCUCUUUGAAGAGACACACGAGCUGCUGUUGCCGUACGACGGUCACCACAUUUGCAUCUACGUAACCGAGUUUGAAGCCGCGUACCACGCGUGCGCGGCCAAGCAGCUCGUGUGGACGAACGCCAUUUACGAAGACAAGUGCGACUCGUGGGCGGAGACGCAAAAGUGGCGUCAAUUUCGCAUCCUGGACAUCCGCGACCCAGGAUCGAACGCGCUCCUGCUCCAGCUCGAGCACGAGAUCCGCCCGCUACAGCACAGUCGGUGCCCGCUAACGUCGGCCAAGUAGUCGUCUAAUCUAGUGCUGCGUAAUUGUGCGUUGCCAGUUGAGUCC